AUGAGGCGAGGCAAAAGAACCUCAGAACGGUCAUCUCGGUCAUCGGAUUCGCCAUCAGAUCAUGAACGCUUAAGCCAGUCCAAGCACACAGGACUAUGUAGGCUCACGUUCGGCGAUCUUGAAGUACUAUUCGGCCUUGUUGCCAUCUGUACGGCUUGCUACGAUGGAAGAUUCGUCCCCACCAAUCCUGAUGCAGCGAAGAACACAGAAGAUGAGAUUGCCCUGAUCAUUCCGCAGCGUCUGCGCUCGUUUUGCUCGCUGUUUUGCAUGCCCAAUCAUUUCUCAUUCAUUGAUAAAGGACUUCCAAACGCGGUCAGGACUACUCCUUGUUCAGGUCCACAACGGCUCUGCAAUUCGCCCUCUUCGUCCAGCACAUGCCAUGCCACAAUGCUGCCUCGCACACCCUCGACGGACAGUGAGGCCUCCUCGUCCUCUUCCCUACCGAUUGCUUCGCUGCCGCCUCAACAGUUCACCCCGAUCGUGGCGACUUCUGCCUCGGAAGCCUCCGUCCGUAAGCGCGUAGUGCGAGCUUGCGAGGUAUGCCGUCGCAAGAAGGUCAAAUGUAACGGUCAGAGACCCUGCAGUCAGUGCAUUGCCUUUGCGGAAGAGUGCAACUAUGUCGACGUCCGAGAUCGCUCGGCGUACAGCAGAAGGUAUGUCGAAUCGUUGGAGGCGAGAAUGGUCGCGCUCGAAAGGCGCGUUGAUAUCCUGUCGGAAAGAGGAACUUGCGAUGGCAUUUGUCGAUCCACAUGGCGCCUCGAUGCACAUAGGCGAGCGAGCGAUCCUGGAUUCGCCACUGGGUAUCGCCAGCAGGCACGCGUGGGAAGCGAAGCGUCGACGACUUUUAUCGCACAUCUUCUCCCGCAGCAAAGUACGCAAACGCAACUCAGCCUGGGCCGUUGUAUCGAUCUAUCACUGUUAUCAGCGGCACGUUUGAUUGCGGAAGCAAAUGCAGCAAUGUGCAAGCCGAGCAACCCGACUACCUCCGGCAUGGAUGUGUGGCAACAGCACUCGACAUCAGCGGUGCUUGCACCCCGUCUUGCGGUCAAACACGAGCUUGACUCGCCUACAGUGCCUCCUCAAAUGCCCUCAGACGACGAAUUUCAGGCCUUGCUACACUCUUACACCGAGGGGAUCUUCCGCUUUAUCGCCAUCGUGCAACCAGCAGAAGUACAAGCAAUCUGGAGCAAGGUGACAUCGUCUCCACCUGCAAUCACCGCCUACGCUGUCUCGGAAAUAGCUUUGCUCUUCGCAGUGAUGGCCUGUGGCGUGAAGACUAUCAUGAACGACAGUCUACCACAGGCGAGCUCAAGCAAUGUCACCAGAUCGUCAAGGUACAAAAUGCGAAUCUCUCCGAACAACUUUGAAAGCCAGGCAAGCAUGUGGACGCGGGCGAUGGACGGCGCAGAUCGAUUCGAGAACGAAGAAGCCUCGAGGCAAUCGCAAGUCUACGCGCUGUUGUCUUUCUGCAAUGCCGGCCGAGGAGAUCUGAUAUUAGCCUUCAACAACAUUGUCCAGGCUCGAAGCCUUCUGAGUCGAUCCACUGUCGGGUCCUCGAAUCAACGGAUGCAGCAAUCACGACUCGGCGCAUCGAUAGAGAUUCUCGACCACGUCAUUCGUUCUGGGCUGGGUUCAUCAGGGACACAGCUGCAGCAUCCUCAGGACCGCCAAUUUGAUGUGCCGACUCCACCUUCACGCACCGACGUGUUCUGCCUCACGACCGCCUUGCAGCGUCUCGCUGCACUUUGCAGUCCAUCAGGCCCAGUCGGACGAACCCUCUGCGACCUGCUCGACCCACAGACUCUUCACGUGCCGAUCGAUCAGCUCAGAGUGCGCGCUCAGGACCAAUAUCGAUGCUUGUUAGACUGGUACAAUAGCCUGCCGCUCGCCCUUCGUGCCGUUCCUAACGAGGCGACUGAACCGACGUCAGCAAUUGCAGCCUGUAUCGCCUCUGUCUCGCUUCAAUUCGAACGUUUGCGGCUGCAUAUCGCGACCAAUCUCUUAUCUCGGCGCAACGGAGUCAACGCGAUGGACGAAGCAGAGCGCCUCGACUUGGACGGCUGCCUGAAUCUUGCAGGUGGCAUCAUUCGUGCAUUCCCCACGAUCAGCAAGUAUCUUUUCCCUAGCCCGUGGCUGACUCUGUACGCCGAGAGCAUCGGGAUCUCGGCAGCCUUUAUCGUCCUGACGGCUGCCCGCGUUCCUCAUUGCAACGUGUUCGGUCUACUCUCCGAUGUCGAUUCAGCAGUUUCUGCACUGGCACAGCUGCAGCUGGUGAUACAGGGGGUUGCCGAAAUCCGAGGCAAGCUUGUCGACCUGGCGGAAGCCAUACGAUCGCGAUACGGCCUCGCCGACACGGCCGAGGAUCACAAGCGAACUGCAGAUGGCACUGACGACCCUCGUCUACUGAACCUCAACGUACGAGGUACAGAAUCAAAUCACAAGAAGUUCCGAUCGGCAACGAUGCCUCAGAAUAGUCCGGUACACGCUGUCUCGCCCACGCUUCGAUGCGAGACGGCACCUCCCUUUCCUCAACACGGUCCAACGUCAUCGUCAACAGUCGCUGCUACGGCGAUGGGCAACAGUCAGCAGAUGUAUGGCCGUGAGUCUAUUCAGUGGACGGACCAGGCUGGAAGAUCCGCGAUUACAGGCAGCACUGUGAGCUUCAACCAGAUCUGGCCUGCGUCAACUUCGAAUUUCGACACGGCUACAAAUCAGGAGCAGCAGCAGCAAGGUGAACACACUCGUCCGCAGCAUCAACAGUACCACGAUCAGACUAUCGCUUCUCAAGCUCAGUUGCAACAGGCUCCACUGCAUCUCAAUCAACAGGAGUUGGCUGGCUUGCUGCUGCAGGAUUUCAUGAUUCCCGAACAUCACUCAGAGCAUCAAAGCGAAUGA